UUCUUAUCAUCAUCGUCAUCAGUAUCCUGGUGCGCCGCUUUCCUUCGAAGACUCAACUCUCAACUAUCAAGCUCAAGCCGGACGAAAUGAAGCCAUUGUCGCAGGACGCCGAUACAGUAACUAUUUCUGAGUUCUGACUCUCUCUCUCUCUCUCUCUCUCUCUCUCUCUCUCUCUCCGGCCUUCUUCUUCAAGCUCAAGCCGCUGCCGGCCGGCCUCCUUCUUCAAGGUCAAGGCGAUGCCGUUCUCAGCCUCUCCAAGUUAGGUCUAUGUAAAACAAUGAAGAUACAAAGUGGGAAAAUGGUGAUGAAUAUCUAUCUGCAGAAACAAAAAUUCCCAACUUCUUUGAUGCGUUUCCCUUUAUGGAAUCUUCAUCUUCUCCAAAGAUUCUCCCUUUGGUCAAUGAAAAAAGAUCCAGAUCUUGAAGCAGCCUUAACAAGAAACCAUAGAUGGAUCAUAAACAACCAGAUUAAAAACAUAAUCUUGCGAUGUCCAGAUCAUGUAGCAUCAGUUAAUUACCUCCAAAAAAAGUUCAAAACUCUUGAUCUUCAAGGAAAAGCCAUGAAUUGGCUUAAGAAAUACCCCUGUUGCUUUGAAGUAUACUUUGAAAACGAUGAAUACCAUUGUCAACUUACUAAAAAGAUGCUUUCUUUAAUAGAAGAAGAAGAAUUUAUAAAAGAUAUGCAAGAAUCUGUAGUCGUUGAAAGAUUAGCAAAGUUGUUAAUGAUGAUUUGUAAUCAUAGACUCAAUGUCUCAAAGUUAAACGAGUUCAAAAGAAAUUUAGGGUUACCAGAUGAUUAUCUAAUAAGAAUCAUACCAAAACAUCUUGAUAUGUUUCGUAUAGUCAAUUAUAGUGGAAGAAAAACAUCCAUGGAAAUCGAACUCAUGAAAUGGAAUCCAGAGUUGGCUGUUUCCUUUGUUGAGAAAACAGCUCAAGAAAAUGGUUGGAAUCCGUCAUUCCAAUGUUCAUUACCUUUAUCUUGGGUGAAAUCAUGGGAAAGAUUUAACGAAUUCAAUUCCUCUCCUUACAUUUCACCUUAUGUGAAAGGAGAGUUUGAAAACGACAAGAGAAUAAUUGGUGUGAUUCAUGAGUUUUUGUCACUUACAUUAUGGAAGAAAGCAUCGAUUAUGAAGUUAGGUCAUUUGAAGAGGGAGUUGUGUUUACCUGAGAAGUUAAAUGUUUUGCUUUUAAAGCAUCCGGGAAUAUUCUAUGUUUCAAAUAAGUAUCAAAUUUAUACGGUUGUGCUUAGAGAAGGGUAUAAAGGGUCAGAACUUAUCCACAAAGAUCCGCUAGUUGUUGUGAAGGAUAAAUUUGGGGAAUUGAUGCAAGAGGGAGUUCAUGAGUAUAAUAGGAGACACCAUUUGUUGAAUUUAGAAAAAAAGAGAAAGAAAGGAAUGAAUAUGAUAGAAACAAAAGUAGGGAAGAAGAAGGACUCUGUUGAUGCUCAUGAACUUUCUGAUGAAGAUGGUGAUCUUGGUGGCAUAUUUGAUCCUGAGGAAAGGAAACGUUUUUAUAAAGUUCUGUUUGAAGACAAGGCUCCAUGAUUUUCUAUAUGAAGAUAUGUUGUCAAUGCUCAUAUAUAAAAUUUUCUAUGUAAAGGUAUCUUAUUUGAAUUGAAUUGUUAGAGGAGAGUAGUGGUUAAUACUUACCUUCGUGUUAGUUUA